GGUUACUCAGAGCUGACGUUGGAUUUCACAUUUGACCUGUCUGAGGCAGCAGAGAGGCCCGGAUUAGGGGGGGCAGGGGUAAGGCUGGUGAGAGAAGGGAUGUCUCUGGGAGAGCGCAGAGGACGACGCCUGUGGGGAUGAGGCAGAGGAAGGCUGCAGCGCCCUGCAGCGCCGCCCGCUCUGCGCCGGCGCAGGAAGCAACAAGCCCCGCCCCCAAACCCCGACGCUGUCACUCCAGCGCGGUGGCUAUGGCAGUGGCGCCGGGCUCCGCCUCCCCAGUUUCCAUGGCAGCGGGUCGCAACGGCCCGCACAGCCCUGGGUGGCGGCGGCCGCCGGGCCUGAGUGAGCUCCCUCAGCCGGGCGGGAAGCGGGACUUGUGGGGAUGGAGGACGAGGAGCUGGAGGGGGACGAGUACAGCCUUCAGGAGGAGGGGGGAGAGGAGGAGGAGGAGGACGAGGAGAAAGAGAAGGACGAGGCGCUGUCGGAGCAGGAGGAGGAAGAGGUGCCAGGCCCCUGUCCCCUGACGGAGGAGGUCCUGAAGGAGGGCCUCUCUCUCCUCUGCAAGACCAGCAACGGCCUGUCCCACGCCUAUGUGAAAUUUGAAGCCAGAUACAAGGACUUGACAGACAUCAGCCUCCUGGAAUGCUUCAUUCAUCUGCGGUAUGUGGAUUUGUCAGAGAAUAAACUGCAAGAUUUGUCCCCACUGAGCAUCCUAACCCACCUGCUUUGGCUGAAGGUGGAUGGGAAUCUGCUUACCAGUGCCUGCAUGCAGGAGCUCCCCUACCUCCAGAUCAUCAGCUUUGCUCACAACCGCAUCAAGGAUAUGGAGGGCAUUACUCACCCCAGCUUAGCCAACCUCAGCCUGAAAGGAAAUAAAAUCCAGACAGCGCUGGGCCUAAGUCAUGGUCAGUUGUUCAACCUGCAAAUCCUGGAGCUGCGAGGAAACAUGCUAAAGAGCACAGCGGGGCUUAAUCUUCCCAAGCUCAAGAACCUCUAUCUGGCCCAGAAUGCCAUUCAGAGCCUUGAAGGCCUUGAGCAGCUUGGGCAGCUGACAAAGCUGCACCUGCGUGACAACCAGCUUGAGACCCUGGACGGAUUCUGUAGUAGCAUGAAGUGCCUGCAGUACCUCAAUCUACGGAACAAUGGGAUCUGUAGCUUUCAGGAGGUGGCAAAACUGCAGGUCCUCCCCAUGCUGCAGGCACUGGUGCUGUUGGACAAUCCAUGCUCUGAUGAACCCAAUUACCGGCUGGAGGUCCUGGUCCUGCUGCCGCACCUGCAACGCCUUGACAAGGAAUUAUUUGAGCAAGAUGAGCGGGCAGAGGCGAACAAAAUCUGUCAGAAGAGACAGGAAGAAGGAAAGGAAAUUGAGGGAUCUCUCCAGGGUGAUGUGAAUGAGUGACCCCUGGUUCUAACACCUGUUCCCAGAGCCAGUCAAGAUUUGCUUUCCCCUACAUGUGUGGCUAUGAAAGUGACCGCUGCAGGCAGCAGAGCUACCUUCACUUCAUUUUGCUCCUGGAGAAAAGAGGAGGGCUACCCACCCUGGUCUUGGAAACUACCCUGAGGUACUGCAGCGUGUUUUGCAGUCACUGUUCUCAUAUGCUCUACUCUCAGCAGGCCCAAGAGUGAAAAGGAGAGAGUUACAGGUUCUAUGGCUCGAUCUAUGGCUCCCAAAAAUCCUACAAGAUUUUCUGAUUUGAAUAAAAAUAAUU